CUAAUUCGCACACCUCGUAUGUAGCGUUAGAUGGCUGCUGGGUGCCCGCUAACAACUCGACACCUACCCACUUCUGGUCCCAUCACUCUCAGACCUCCCCCUAUUACAUCGGGAGGCAGCGUCCUGACCCUCCGCGACCUCUUUGUCAUGGCGUCCGCGGGACGUCUAUCAGGCGAGGCUUCCGCAGCCUGGCGGGCGUGGACCUUCCCAAGAUGGCCGGGCCGGGCGCCUAGCGCGCGGUGGGCGGGGUUCCGCCGCCGGAGGCGGGGCAGCAGGGCCGAGGGGUCGGGCUAGCAGGCGUGCGGCUUCUAAAGUAGGCAGGCUCAGCGCGCUUGCGCGGAGCGGCCCUGCGCGCAGUGAGGCAGUGGCGGGGGAAGGCACCGGUGGGGCCGACGGGCGGGCUGAGGAGGGAAGCGGGCGAGCGAAGUCCCAGUGCGCGCCGCGGCGGCCCGGGUACCCUCCCCUUCCGGGCGUGAGGCGCUGAGGGGAGAGCGGAGCGGAGCGGGCUCGCAUCGGCAGCGAGGUGCUUCUCGGGUCGCCCCAGACCGGCCUCCCGUGGCUUCGGCGCUCCAGUCGCGGGGCCCGGGUUCCUCCACACACCUAGCUCCAGCCGCCGUCAGACCUUGUCCCCAGUUCCUCGAAGCCCCGGCGGCAGCCCGGGCUCUUGGCGGGGAGGAUGACGGAGCUGCAGUCGGCGCUGCUACUGCGAAGACAGCUGGCAGAACUCAACAAAAAUCCAGUGGAAGGCUUUUCAGCAGGUUUAAUAGACGACAAUGACCUCUAUCGAUGGGAAGUCCUUAUUAUUGGUCCUCCAGAUACACUUUACGAAGGUGGUGUUUUUAAGGCUCAUCUCACUUUCCCAAAAGAUUACCCCCUCCGGCCUCCUAAAAUGAAAUUCAUUACAGAGAUUUGGCACCCAAAUGUUGAUAAAAAUGGUGAUGUUUGCAUUUCUAUUCUUCAUGAGCCUGGGGAGGAUAAAUAUGGUUAUGAGAAGCCAGAGGAACGUUGGUUGCCUAUCCAUACUGUGGAAACCAUCAUGAUUAGUGUCAUUUCUAUGCUGGCAGACCCUAAUGGAGAUUCACCUGCGAAUGUAGACGCUGCGAAAGAAUGGAGGGAAGACAGAAAUGGAGAAUUUAAAAGAAAAGUUGCCCGCUGUGUAAGAAAAAGCCAAGAAACUGCUUUUGAGUGAUGUUUAUUCAAUAGCUAGUAACUUCAAUUAUUUCAGGGUCUCCAAUUGAGGAACAUGGCACUGUUUUUCCUGCACUCUACCCACCUAUUGCUGGACUUCUGUUGUAACAAGUUGGCAAACUCUGGCUGGAACUGGGCUGCAAUAAAACAUGCCAGUCAUUAAUGCUGACAAGAGCCUAACAAGUGCCAACUUACAGAUGAUUACGCAUUUUGAAUUCUAAUGAACUGUUUUAACCUUCAGGAAGAAUUGUAAAGACCUGUACAUAGCACAACAUGAUCCGGAUAAUAUAUAUACUGUUCAUGUACAUCCACAAACACACCUUGUACCAAAUAAUGCUUUCUUGUAGUAGAAUAAGAAUCGUGUAAAUUCUAAAAGACUUUAGCAGGUUUUCUUUUCCUAUUCAUCGUUUCUUAUCAGUUCAAAAAGAUUCCUUAAAGCAUGUCAGGUGAAAACCAAUAAGGAUUAAAAGUUUCCAUAUAAUUUCCUUUAAACCAUUAAGUCUUCAUUACACUCUUUCCAUUUACUAAUCUUUUGUAUUUUCUUUGUUUUGACACACUCCCCUUUCCUUUUAUCUCUUCUAUCUGCCAGAAAGUUCUCAAAUCACUUAGUUAAAAUACUGAAAUACUAGUAAAUUACUUGAUUUUCCACGAUGACUUCAGAGGUGGGGUCAUCACUAGGUGCUUUGUCCUUUUGUACUGGGAUUCACCCAUCUCUUGGAUUGGAUGUAGCAAUAACAUUUUCUGGCUGUUGAGAGCUCUUGAUCCUAGUCAUAAUCUCCUGAGAACUUUAAAAGAAAAAAGAAAAAAAAAUGUAAAGUCUGUUCUAAGUUCAACUUAGUGAAAUUUAUUGCAAACAGUACAAAAAUCCAGAUUUGGUUUUAUUUUUGCCCUCGAGUUGCCUAAUAUUAAGGUUGGAUGAAUAAAGCAUGCACAGCUCCAGGCUUUCUACAUCUGGGAUUGCUAUUAAAAAUGCUAUUUGUCCUCUCACCCUUUCCUUAGUCCUUCAUAUUUCUUUGUUUCUUUACUGCAGAUUUCCCUCACCUAUUGUACAAAGAAAUUGCGAUGUAUAUUUUCAUGUAAUUUGAUUUUGGAAUUUUGUCACCUUAUGUAGUGAGUUCUUCCAAAAUAUAAUUUUUUCCAAUAAUUGUCAAGUUGUUGGCUUUUAUUGUAUUAAAUGAAGGUUAUAGUACUGAAUACCAGAGAAGUGCAGUUUAGAAAAAUCUCAGGUUGAUUCCUUAUGCAAACAAACUUAAUACUUGAAAAUCUCAUGGCCAUGGCAGUAUACGUAUUGGGUUCUGUCUAGAUUCUUUAUCUGAAUCUAAAAGCAUUACAGGGGGUAAGUCUUUUGCUAACUGACAUACAUAUUUUGUCACUGACAUAGUGCAGUUAGGUUUGAUUUUUGUUUGAGCAUAAAUAUGUUUCCUAGACAGUUUUCUAAAACAACUUCAGUGAUGGGUAAAAGUAGUACGUUCAGUGUUAAAAGACAGGCCUAAGCUCCUGUCUGGUUUUAGCUGAGAAUGGGAAGUAGUGUUUGGCAUAUAAGAUCUAGAGCAUACGACAGGUGUUUGAUUGUGAGAAUAGGUAGGGCUCUGCCCCAUGGGGUUUGGAUAAAUCUUUUGGCAGAAGAGGGAAUGAAAGGUUUCCUGUCAAAGUCAGAACUUCCAACCUCUUAUGUCUUUUUUUAAGUAGAGGAGAAAUGGAUGAGGAUGUAGUUAUGAUACAGCACCAUUUUUAAAUCAGUUUUCUUGGGAGCAUUGUAAAAUCUUAUAAACAUUAAAAUCCAUAAAUGUGUAGCAGCUGUGAACACCUUGAUUUGAUUUCAUUGGAGCCCAAUUCUUAAGAACUUUUAGACAUCCCUCCUCCCCCGGACUAGAAGUUACCCUACAGUGCUACUGUUCUCCUACAAGGGCCUGGGAAUGCAGUCUUCUUCACUCUCCAUUCAGAAAUUGUCCUCACAGUGGCUGCUUUGGCAAUGUGGAGUUUUUUGCUCUUCUAUUGCUGAGAUUCUAGCCCUCUGUUGAAUUAAAAUCCAGGGUUUGACUGCUCUGCAAGUAGUAAACGCCCUAGUAACUCAGGGACAGCUGUUUCUGAAUUUAUAUGUGCCACGGUAUUCUAUUUACCUUGGGAUAACCGUGUGGUUCUUUGUGCUAGAUCAAGGACUACUGGAGAGCUAAGAGUGACUGCCUUUCUUCUGAAGGUCUUUCCCCUUAUGGUGCCCUGACCAUGUUCUACACAUGAAACAGAAGCCACAAUGUUAUGGCUUACUUUCCUAUCAGAGAUGUCAUCUGUGCCUUUCCUAGUGUUCAUCUGACAAUGUGGAUUUAAAUGCCUCUACAUUUGAUUUAAAACUCACACUCAGGUGGCUUUUGUCCCACUAAAGCAUCAUCAUUAGUCUGAGGCAUUUAGAGAAAGUUCCAUCACUACCCCACACCCCUGCCACCUAUAUCAGUCAUCAGCUACACCUAUAAAGUCCUUUAGAUUAUAGAAGUGUUGGCUGUCCCCUAAUUUAUUCCAAGUUCUUGUAGAGGCUUGCGAAUUUCAGUCUGUGUAAUGGGAUGGUAUUGGUGGCUUUAUGGCCUUAUGUGUUUAAAAUCCACACAGUGAUUUCUUUGUCAAUAGAAGGUAAUGCUCAAACAUUUGGUUUUUUUUUUUUUAAUUAGUUUUGUGAUACCUGGGUGUCAUAGUAUCAUUUAAUGGCCUUUGUUCCCAGUUGUGAAGUUUUAUUUAUAUGCUCAUUCACUCUCUACAAACCUGCCCACUUUGGGUCUUGGCGCCUGUGUAUCUUUGUCUGGUCUCUAGUUGGUGGAAUUACCUUCUUUUUGUACUGCCACUUCUCAACAUUUUCGAAGUUUGACAUAAUGUUUUGCUUCAUUCCAGUUUUUUUUUUUUUUUAGUUCUGUAAUUUGUUGACUGUAUUUAACUAUGUGAGUUUUGUUGUGAUGUUUACUGUAUUGUAAAGCACCUUAAUCAUGUGAUGGGUGCUCUAUAAAUCAAUAAAUGAUGACUUAGAGGCUGUA